GCCGAGGCCCGCCCGUACCUCGCGGUCAGUCGGUGACGUUCUGGCUGGGAACGCUCCGAUGCCGCGAACCUCGGCGAUCAAGCAGAAUAGCAGAUCGUGCUUCUGUAUUUAAGGCUGCUAGGCUGAAAGUGCUGCCGAUGGGAAAUUAAAAUGGAGCUGAAGCUGAAGUUAGAAGAAAAGCACAGUGUAUCCGGCGGCUAUUAUUCAGGGUCUUUCAUGAAACUCGUGUCCAAGGAGGCUUCCAAAACCUUCCGUCUACUGCCCUGUCGGUUUCCUGCUUUGUCAUAGUGGCACAGGGAGGAAUUCUCUGAGCUUCGCCCCUCUGCCUUGACAAGGUGCGAAUCUGAGAAAUCCACCAGGGCGUCCAUCAGGACACGCUGGGAAUCCUAAGGUCGAUGCGGGGGAAAGGCAUUGUGACAUCACAGAGCAGGGCAUGACAUCAGACUUGGUCAAGUCACGCCGGCAGCCUCCCCCAGCUCAGACACUUGGAGCAACAGCUCCGUCCUGGUGGUCACUGCUGGAGCUCUGCUCUGCGUGACAGCCAUUUGUGUGUAGAGAUUGUUCUUUGGGAGAGAUCAGGAUGAAGCUCAGCCUGACUCUCUUCCUGGCCAUGGCUCUGAGCAUGUCUCCAUUUGCGGGACGUGGCCCAGGCUGUCCCAGCUAUCUCAGCUGGGUCUGUAGUUGCGACCAAAAGGUCCUUCCUGAGGAGGAGCAUCGGGUGGAGACCAACAGCCAGACCUCCACCUGGCGCUGCAGGCUAGGCCUAAACUCCUGCCCGGUCAGGAUCGAGGACAGAAAGAACAACCCAGUCCUUCCUGAGAAGCAACCUGUGGAGGAGACCAAGAGCCAGACCUCCACCCGGCGCUGCUGGUUUGGCUUAACCUCCUGCCCCAUCAGGACCAAGGACACGAACACAAACCAGGUCCUUCCAGAGGAGCAGCCUACAGAGAAAACCAAGAGCCAAACCUCAUACUGGUCCUGCUUGCUUGGCUCUUCCCAGUGUCCCAUAUGGGUCUGGUACAAGGGCAGCAAAGUUGCUGUUCCACAAGGCCCAAAGCAGCAGUCCCCGGGCACCAAGCAGAAGGCCUACAGCUUGCCUGGCAUCCUGGGCCACCUUUGGGACUACCUUAUGCAAAGCGGGAGAACCUGGCUCCUUACAGCUCCCUUGACAAUUUUCUCCAUUUUCUGGCUGCUGACAACUGCCCGUGCCCACUGGAGAAGAUUAAGAAGACCUCGGGGACAGGGAGCGGGACAAGCGGACCCAGCUUCCUUAGGAACAGAGGAAACGGACAACGUAAAUGCUCUCGACCUGCUCUGCCAGAUGGACGCCUACAUAACCCUAAUGGAGAGACUUAUGACGAUCCUCAUGCAGCACCACGUGAAAAAUGUCAGGAGCCAGCAGUGCAGGAAGACGGUGCACAGCACGGGGGACAGGAAAAGCCCCUCCACAGACUCCUGAGGGAGCUGGCAGAGGUGACUGCCAAGCCGCUCUCGGCUGUUUACCAACAACCACAAGAGACCCCCACCACCCCAAGAGCGUGGUACAACAUGUUAGUAAUUUCUCAGGAUUCCAGCCGGUUUUCUUGGAAUGUAACAAAUAUGUCUAUGUUAUGUCUUUAAAUUUAUAACCACUGCUGUUCUCGGUGUGUGAGUAAGGAGGUGAUAUACCCCUCGCACACGGUGCCACAAUAAACAUGCCUACUUUAAAAUCUUA